GCUGGGGUGCUGAAAAGGUGCAUUACAUUGGAGAGGCAGCAUCACGAUCCACCUUCCUCUCAGCACCUCCAUCCAGGCAUUUCUGCGGCUGGGAGUACCAGAGGCCUCGACGAACAUAGCGAACAAGGGGGCAGCAGGGAGAGAUGUGCCACUGGGGCUCUUGAUAGGAGAAUAGAGAGUCAGGGACUGAGGAAGGGAGGCCUUCGUAGGAAACUUUCCCCUCUGAGAAAUCAGAGUAACCAGGGAUAAUAACCAAAUCAGCCAAAGCUCUUCCAUUUGGCUUCACCAGGACAAAGCACCUCCUGCGAUAAGCCGUAGCCUCCAGGCACUCUCCUGCCAGGGGAGUCAACCAGGCAAGAGUGAGACACUCAGAUCUACAGAGGCCCCUUUCUACAAGAGAAGGUCUAAGGAAUGCAACUUUCCAGGUAUUUCCUGGUCUGAAAUCAGUCAGGGCUGAACGAGAGAUCCAGACAUAAGGGAGCUUCCUGCCAAGGGGAUCAGAAACAUGCAAGGAAGGUAGCCCCAGACCAAAUUGGCCCAUCUCCCCCACGCUGUGAGGAUGAGUGCUCUGACCAUCAGGUGUCACCUCCCCAUGGCAGAAAAUGAAAUCCCCGCUCAGAACCUGGACAGAGUGAGGCCGAUCUGCCUUUCAGCACCAGAGACAGCGACAGGCAUCCCUGCCCCACCAAGUCAGCACCCUGGACAGAGCCAGCGCUUCCAGUUUGAGCCUGAAUUCUCUUUCUCCCCCCAUCCUAGUCUAGGAUGCUGGCCCGCCCGGUGCACGGGGCUACCGGAGGGGUUGGUUGGUAGCCCACAGACAGAUACGGUGCUGAGCCGGAAGCUCUGAUUUAAAGCCUCCCCACUUUUCCCUUCCAGCAGGGCGAGCGUCGGCUCAGAAAGCAAUUGGCAAAUCGGUGACUGUUGAAUGCGAACCCGAGGCAGAGUGGCUGUGCGAAGACGGGCGAGGAGCCCGCGGGAGGCUCCCCCAAGCCAGACGAGGAACCCCAGCCCCUCCACGGCUCCGGGAUCUGCAAAUGGUUCAACGUCAGGAUGGGCUUCGGUUUCCUCUCCAUGACCAGCAAGGAGGGGAUGGCCCUGGACUCCCCCGUGGAUGUCUUUGUGCACCAGAGCAAGCUCCACAUGGAGGGAUUCCGCAGCCUGAAAGAAGGCGAGGCCGUCGAGUUCACCUUCAAGAAGUCAUCCAAAGGCUUGGAGUCCAUCCGAGUGACUGGCCCCGGGGGCGUGUUCUGCAUUGGGAGCGAGAGGAGGCCAAAGGGGAAGAACCUCCAGAAACGCAGAUCGAAAGGGGACAGAUGCUACAACUGUGGUGGGCUGGACCAUCAUGCCAAAGAAUGCAAGCUGCCGCCGCAGCCAAAGAAAUGCCACUUCUGCCAGAGCAUCACCCACAUGGUUGCCAACUGCCCCAUCAAAGCACAGCAAUCGCCCAGCUCUCAGGGAAAGCCCGCCUACUUCCGGGAGGAAGAAGAAAUGCACAGCUCGUCCCUUCUUCCUGAAACCAGAGAAUGAUGGUGGGGGAUUGGGGGGCGGGGGGAGAUUUCCAUCAGGAUCAAAAGGCUUCAGCAAGGGAUCGGUCAGCAAAGGGGGAGCAGCGAGCAGGCUCUGCCGUCAUGAUGUAGGGGGGUUGGUGUAAAGAAGGGAUGGGAGGGAGGGUGGCAGCUCAAACUGUAGGAUACAACCUGCCAGGCUAUGGCGCUGGUAUCUGGACAGAGGGACUGGGAUGGUUGUAUGUUGGUUACAAACUCCCAGCACAGAUCUCAUCCCCGCCACACACACUUUGAGUGGGAAGAACCCGGUUACCCCUCUGUCCAGAUGCCCAGCUCCAAAAGUGGGAGAAGGAGCAGCCCCGUAACCCUGUACCUAACCACUUCCUCCAACCGAAAGCCACGUGCCGCUCUAGUUUCUUUCCCUGUGUUCGGUGAUUUUUACGUUUUUAAACAAACUUUCCCAGUAGUGUUUGUGAACCCCUGGGGUCAUUUUGGGUGGAGCAGGACCGGUGCCUCCAUCCUAGCAGGAGAACAGAGGCCGGUUCUCAAUGGCAAGCUAGAAACUAGUGAGCAAUCUGUUCUUGCUAGACACGGGCGAGCCAAAUGGAUCUCGCCCAGGAUUGCUGCUUGCCCAGGAAUAUCCACUGUCCGGGUUUUUGAGACCCGUAGGGGAAUGGUGGAACAGCACGCCCCCUGCAGGGGAAUGGUGGAACAGCAUACCUCUCUUGAACGACGUGUUAGCUGGCCCUGAAAUAAUUGGGAAGAGCCUCUUCAUUUAUUUAAGGUUUUCCAGGCUGGACUGAGGGGUUUGUAGCCUUGCUGGGACCUGCUCCCCUCUGAAGGCCCUUCAUUUCAGAGCCACCCAGACUUCAUCUAUAUCCCUCUCCUCUCCCAGUUUGUGGGGGAGGGGAAGGAGUUGAUGGUAGAAGUUAGCAUGAAAAGGCCUUUUUCUAGAGGCCAAUCCUGGGCCUUCUAAAAUGAUGUCAGUGAGCUCGGACCUCGGCUCCUAGCAUUUAACUAGACUCGGGGGUUUCUUGAGCCAUUGUAAUGUAAUGCUGAUUUUUUUUUUUUUAAAUGUCUGGCUAUAUUAGCAAGAGACAGAUCAAAGCAACUCGUGGCCUAGUUGGGAGGAAACCACGGCGACAGCAAAACUGUAACAAACGGGGCAGAUGCAAAAUUUGGGGGAGGUGGUCUUCCAGCCCUGCCAGAAUCUGCUGUCCUGGUCUGCCACUCGCUGUCUGUCAGCGUGCAGGCUGGCACGCGAGCGGCGGCAUUGCCUCGGUGGCAGGAGGCACGGAAGCACGUGUCUUGGAAUCGAUCAUGGUGGGUCCUCAUUGCCCUGGGGCUGCAAUGCAGGGUCUGACAGAGGAAGGAGCCAUAUUUCUCUCCCCCCCCCCCCACUGUUUUUAAAGCCGUUACAGGGGAAAGCACCUACAGUGGAAUAUAUUUAAUGUUGCCCUUUGCCUAUAGGGGCCGAUCUAGAGCACAGUGAAAAAAUGUGAGUCUUCCCAUUGACUUCAAUAGACUUUGAAUCAGACCUAUAUUGUAUACAAUUUGCUUCUGUUCCUCCCUUUAUUAGGGCCCAAUCCUCCAGUCCAUAUGCAUCUGUAAUGUCCUUUUUAGAGCAUAAGGGCUGCAGGCUCGGUCCUUUCCUUUCCUGUAGGAACAGGGUGACCUUCUGUCAGUUAAAAGCUGCUGCCUUCUCUCCCCACUUUGCCUUCCCCCACCCCUCUAUUCUGCCUUUAUUUAUUUGUUCCCGUGGACAGCUGCCCUUUCAAUGCAAGGCCCCCCCACCCCAUCCGUGCUGAAGCCGACGUGAUGUGAAACCUGCACUAGGACGUGCGCGUAUGACGUAUCUUUGGGUUUGUUUGUCGUCUGUUUUUUUUUUUUAAAUAUAAAUAUUGUUUUUUUGUAUUUUUGUAUAUUUUAAUCUUAAAGAGAGAGAGAGAGGGGACAGAACUACUGCAACUUAUUCUCAGGUAUUUGAGCAAUCUCAGGGAUGAACAGCCUCUGCAGCUCCAGUGCUGGACGGAGUGGAAUUUUGUUUUUUUGUUUUUUAACAGCACAAAGAUAGAACAAAGUUUGUAUUUUAAACUGUAGGUCUACCUCACUGGAUGUUCGUCAGGUGGACUGAUUAUUUUUAAAACUGUAUUUUUAAUAGAUUCUCUUCUCCCUCUCACUGUAUUUACAUGGAAUUUGGGACUUUGUGUCCGCGGGUGGUUAAAGAGAAGUCAGUCAAUGUUGCAGAGGAGGGUACAGCCGCCUGUAUCUGUAUUUUGGUACCGAACUCCAAAUUCCCUCCCAGCCUGGCCAUGUUCCCAUCUCCUCUCCCCACUCCUGUCCAUUCUCAAUUCCGCUCACUGGCUGGAAACAUUCCUGUCUCCCUAGUUUUUGCCCCAAUUCAAUUUUUGAUGACUACCAUCACUCAUUGUUCUGCUGGUGACUUGCUCCUGUAUAGAUCCCCAGUGACCUAGCUCAGUGCCCGACUUCACAUCAGAAAUGGGGCGCAAUGACUGAUUGGAUGUCACUCCAGCCCUGGGAGUGGGGGGUUAAUCUGGAUUGGAGGCAUAAGGAAGCCUGCUGCCCUUGCACCUGGUUAUUCCUCUCUCUGAGAGAGCAAGAGCCUUUCAGUGCAUAUAUUAAGGUCUUAAACGAGCUAUAACAUAAAUACCUUCUUUAAAAACUCCUUUUUCUCUGCAUGGCUGUGAAAUGUUGGCUGUGAGGUUCUCGCCUUCUUACCCCCACCUGGACUGUUUGCAUUUCUAGGAAACAUGCAGUGUACUCAGAAUAAAUGUUACAAUAGUAACUCUCCACAAGAGGAAGCCCUUCUGGUCCAACCAUCUCUACCUAGUGCUAAUGUGCUUUGACUCCAGCACCUCCUUGAGGGAUGUGAAGGGAGCUGGGCACGUAAUGUAUGCUGCAAGAGUUCCCAAAGCCAGCCCUAUCAUCCAAAUUUGUAGCAGAUUCAGGUACGAUUGCUCCCCUUUUCUCUUGCCUGGCCCCCCUGCUUCUCCCCUCUCCGCUUUCCUCAAAUGCUAGCCAACAAUUGCUGGGUGGGACUAUGGAGUCCUGUCCUCAAGCCAGGAGCUGUUACACUCAGCCACAGGGCCUGGCCGUACCUCCCCUCCCCGGUACAGGACAAUGCUGACACGGUGGUAUGUUUCAGAAUGUGUGUGCAGUUUCCACUAUAAGUUUUAGGUAGUAAUAGAAUAGAUUUAGAUCAGGGCAGGAAAUGUCGAGAAAGAGAGAUCUCUAAUUUUCCAAACAGGCACCAGGUGGAGAUUAGGGGGAAUCAGAGGCACUCCUUAAGAGCUUCCCCUUCCAAGGCUUCUCUCUGCCGCUGGGAUAUGAAUUUGGAGAGCAGGAGCGCUUAAAACAGUUGGAGUGAAAUGCUCACCUCUCAGAGCAGAUCCAGCUCCCAUUUAAGUUGAUGGCAAAACUUCCCUUCUAUGGGAGAUGAAGCAUUGUGUCUGUAACACACUGCCCUGCUAAAUCGUUGUGAAAAGUGACUAGCCUGGUCAGAAAAUGUACUUGCCUGCCUUUAGCAAGUCAGAUAUUUAUUGUGAUAAUGAACAGUUAGCCUCACGAGGCUCCUUAAGACACACUGUUAUAACCCUGGUACACACGAGAGCCGCCCAGAUGAGAUUCCACAGUCUCCGAUGUUGCCUGUAGCUCGGCUUGCUGGGUGGAGGGAUGCGCUCAUGCUGGCUUACUGCCCUGCUGCAGUAGUGAGUGUGAUGAAGUGGUGAUGGCCCUUUUGAGGGGGAAAAAAAAAAGGAAGUUUGGUUUUUAAAUAGCUAUGGGAUCUAUACAAAUCUACCUCAGGAUAACUUCUCUGUCUGAACGGGGUAAAUGCAAUAGAAUGCAUUGGGUUGUGUGCCUCUAACCCUGGGUUUCAGUACCUCUGUGCCACCCACAGAGGGAACUGUUGACCAUCCUUUGGCACCUUAGGUGUGCCAGUGGGUAAAUGCUGCCCCUUCUAGUUUUGUAUCUGUCUUGAAGAAUUGUGUAGAACUUUUCCAAGUAAUCCGUUUGGUGAUUUGCUAGAUGUCUAGUAUGUGUAAAUAUCUAUGUAAAUCUCUCCACUUUCUUUCAAUAUUCUCCUUGAUUAUUGUUUACAAACUUUAAAAAAAAAUAGCCAAAGCAUCUGAUGGGUUUUUGGACCAGGGAGAUGGGAUCCUCUCUGUAUGCUCUGCCUGUGCAGGGAGGUGACUUGGGUCACCAGCCCCACCCUGGGCUCUGGUGAGAAAGUGAAUCAUAAAGCCCUCAGGUUUUCUGCUGUCAAUAGAGCAAAUUGCCUCCCAAGAAAACAGUGAUUGAUUUGUAAGAGGAAGCCACGCUAGAGAAGAUGGAAUUUUUCAGUAUUUAAUUGCAUCUUGCCAUCUUUUUUCUGUGGUUUGCAGUAUCCUUUGCCACGUACACUACAGUACUCUAUGUACCUCCAUCUGCAGACUGAAGAUCUUUGCUGUGGCUUUUUCCAUUCCUUGAUGAUCUUGCAGAUAAAUUGCUGCAAGACACUUACUGUCAUCACCUCCUCUGCUCGUGCACGGUUUGCAGGCAGUGGACGCUAUGCAUUAUGGGACAGCAGGUAGACUCUGCCAGGCUCUCUUUGAGCUAGGAACUUAACCCAGGUCUGCCUUGUUCACUAAUCAUCCUUCUUAUGGAAGCUCUAAGUAUUAGUCCUAUCCAAAAAUAUAGGAGCAUUUGAAUGUUAGGAGGAUAAAAUAUCCCUGGAGGGAUGAUUCUCCCCUGGUGCAAAAACUUGGGAGUAAAGUGGCUACAAGAUUGUCUACUGUCAGACGGAAGAAUGUAACUCCAUGUUUACUGCUAGCAACCAAAGCUUGUUUGUGUCAAACUCUUGAAUUUUUAUGAAGCGG